ACGGAAGAGUCAGACCCCUUCUCUGUUCCUAUCCUCCACCACCAGGCAUGUCGGACGGCGUCGAAAUUCACUCCCUCUCGACGCCCUCGGGCCAGAGCAAUGUUAAGCUCAACAAGUAUUCGAGCGAGCUGACGCAAAACAAGAUCCGCGGCGGUGCACAGGCUAUGCUCUAUGCCGUCGGCCUGACCGAGGAGGACAUGAACAAGCCCCAGAUUGGUAUCUCACCAAUCUGGUGGGAAGGAAACCCUUGCAACUCGCAUCUGCUCGAUCUCGCCAACAAGGUGAAGGAGGGCUGCACCCAAGAAGGCUUGGUUGGCCUGAUCUUCAGCACUAUUGGUAUCAGUGAUGCCAUUACGAUGGGUACUGAUGGCAUGCGCUACUCGCUGCCAAGUCGUGACAUCAUCGCCGACUCUAUCGAGGCCGUAGUGAUGGGCCAGUAUUACGACGGCAACAUCUCCAUCCCAGGCUGCGAUAAGAACAUGCCCGGUUGCCUGAUGGCUGCCGUGCGCCACAACCGGCCGACGAUCAUCGUCUACGGCGGCACAAUUCAACCGGGGAAGCGGCACGUUGACUGCCCAGCGUUCGGUGCAAAGACGGGCGACGACAUGACCGCUGUCGAUGCUUUCGAGUCUUACGGCGCGUAUGUUACCGGCAAGAUCAGCGAAGAGGAACGUUUCGACGUCGUCCGUCAUUCGUGUCCUGGCCCUGGCGGGUGUGGAGGUAUGUUCACUGCGAACACCAUGUCGAGUGCUCUUGAAGUGCUCGGUAUGUCGCUACCCUACUCUGCAAGUACGCCUGCCGUCUAUCAAGAGAAGGCACAGGAGUGCUACAAGGCGGCCAAGUACCUCAAGAAGCUGCUCGAGCUCGACCUGAAGCCCAAGGACAUCCUCACUCGCCAGUCUUUCCUGAACGCUAUCACGAUCGUCAACGUUAUCGGUGGCUCGACCAAUGCCGUCCUGCACUUGCUCGCGAUGGCCCGCGCCGCUGAUAUCGAGCUCACGAUCGACGAUUUCCAGACAGUUCGCGACCGCACUCCUUACCUCUGUGACCUCAAACCUUCCGGCAAGUACGUUAUGGAGGAUCUCCACAAUGUCGGUGGUAUCCCUGCCCUCGUCAAGUACCUUCUUAAGCACACCGAUCUCCUUGAUGGCAACCAGCUGACCGUCACUGGCAAGACCCUCGCGGAGAACUACGCUGACGUCCCUGAACUUGACUUCGAGAAGCAGAACGUUGUGCGCAAGAUCGACGACCCUAUCAAGCCCACCGGUCACCUGACCAUCCUCCGCGGCAACUUCGCCCCCGGCACCGCCGUCGCGAAGCUCACGGGCAAGGAGGGUGAGCGCUUCGAUGGCAAGGCAAAGGUCUUUGACCGCCUCGACGACUUCUACCCCGCACUUGCCGCUGGCGAAAUCACAGAAGGCACUGUCGUCAUCUUCCGGUACAUGGGUCCCAAGGGUGCGCCGGGCAUGCCCGAGAUGCUGGGCCCGACGGGUGCCCUCAUGGGUGCGGGCCUCGGUGGCAAGACAGCACUUAUUACCGACGGCCGCUUCUCCGGCGCGUCCCGCGGAUUCAUCAUCGGACAUGUUGUCCCUGAGGCGAUCAACGGCGGCCCGAUUGCGCUCGCUAAGGACGGUGACCAGAUCAUCAUCGACGCGAGCAGGCGCGAGAUCCACUGGCUUGUGGAUGAGGAAGAACAAGCUCGCCGCAAGAAAGAAUGGGAGGCAUCAGGCAAGGACCAGAUCCGUGAGAGGCGUGGUAUCUUGUACAAGUACGCACGCGACGUCGCUCCUGCAAACGUCGGUGCAUACACCGACUAGAUAUCAGUCCUGAAAAGCGGAUUAUCGAAGGUGUUAUUAACGUAAGUGUAUCGAUACAAUGCUCAUACUGUAACAGUGCUUGUAGAACGAGAGAACGCAACACAACAUGUAUCAUCGAAGAGAAUCCUGACUGAGUUAUUUGCCCUUUGGUGUGUUCACCUCCGACGAGAUGCUCCUCGGAGACGAGGGCCAGCGCGGGACUGCAGAUGUACCAGGCGAGGCGGGCGUCUGGUCCCCAUACCACGCGGGCUCCGAGGUGCUAUGCUUCGUGUCAGGUCUUGGAGUCUCCUUCUCGGCGACGUCGUUGUGCGACGUCUUCAAGACAGACAUCGGAAUGGUGUGCGCAUGCUGCAGGGAAUCGUCGCCCCUAAUUUUGGGGUCAUUGUACACGCGCUGACCGGGGCGGAAGCCAGCCUCAACGAUGGCGGGGUCGGGGGGUAUGAUGAACGCCUCCAUCUUCUUGGGAGGGUCGAGCAUCUCGCGGUGGCUUCGGAAGCCUAGUGCCCGCGCACGUUUCUCGCGGCGGUGGCGCUUGUAGAAGUAAAUGAUGAAGCCGAUGAUCCAUGCAAGCGCAACUGUGCCACCGGACACAAUACCGGAGAUAGUCGGGGUCAUCGAGCGAUGUCCGAGGAAGAGGUGUUGCGUGUGCGUUGGUGACGCUGAGGCCGUCGUUUGAGUUGACAUUUCUGCUGAGUCGUGGAGCCUUGGUUCAGGCUCGUUCUUGGAAGUGUGUUGGCGUAGUGGGAGGAAACAAGGCUGGGGGAGGAGAAAAGGGAGUAG